AUGAGCCCCCAGAGGAUGCAGCCCCUCCCCGUGGUGGAGUUCCCCUGGAUGGCUGCAGACCCCCCAAAACGCCUCCAAGCCCCGCCCGAUGGCUGCGGACCCCCCGGGCGGCCCCGGCCUCGUCCCAGCGGCACCAUUGGAGGAGGAGGAGGAGGAGGAAGGCACAAAGUGUCCUUUGUGUGGGCAAAGCCGAGGCCCCAACGAGCCGAGCGGGCCCGGGAUGAGCUCGGGAUACCCCGGCUCUGGGAACGGGAGCUGACCCCCCCAGGACGCAGCCAGGACCCCCCACACCCCACCCGGCCUCGAGUUAGGGGUGGAGGACGAGCAGCAGGGCCGGGCCCACCCCGUGGUUCGGGUGUGACACCAGAGGGGACAGACGUGUCCCCACCCGCCCCGCCUUCCCACCGGCAGCGGCACCCAAAACCGGGGCAGCCCCGGUGCCCCGCCCGGCCCAGCCCCCAACGGGAAGUGGAGCCCCCCAAGGCCUCGUGGCGUCCUCACCUGGGGGACCCCGCCCUGGUGCCCGACGGGCGAGGCCGAGCCCGGCGCCAUCCUUGGCGUGACUUUGGGAGCCGCGGUGGCCCCGGCGGCGCUCCCGGCCCUUCCCGCUGCCCCCCGGCCCGGCCCCCGUGGGGGCGGCAGCUCUGGGGUGCCCCCGUGUCCCCCGUGUCCCCCGCCCAAGGCCACUGCGGCAGGGCAGGCCCGGGCCGGCCCCUGCGGGGCCGUGGCUGUGACGUUGGGAGCUGCCGCAUUGCGGAUGUGCCCCCGGCCCCGGCCCCCGGCCCCCGGCCCCGCUCCCGCCGCCCCACAGCGCUCUCCGCAAGGCCCCACACCCGCCCCGGGGUUACGGGCGUGUCCCGGCCCCCCUGA